AUGCGCAUGCCGGGUGGCGUCCUCGCAACAUCUGGAGAGGUGGGCAAGGCCUCUGAGGAGGCGUACGGCGUGCUGACGGUGAGCAGCAAGAUCGCUUCCGCGGCGCCAAAGCGGCGUGCGCGCGGCGGCAAGGCCAGCCGCGCGCGCCGGCUCGAGAACUUCCGGCAGCACAAGGCUGCGGCACCUGCGGCUGCUCUUGCGAUCAAAUGGGAGCAGCUCGCCUCUUGCGUCAGCAACGCGCGACUCUGCGCGACGGCGCGCGAGCGGCCUGGCUUUGUGCAGCGCAACGAGCGGGCAGCGCUGCACCAGGCGGACCCACGGCGUGCUCAGCGAGCCGCGAGCGAGGCGGAGGCAGGCCGAGUGGAAGGGUACUUUGCAAACGGCGCGCCGCGCUGGCGCUGCGCGCUCGGCCUCCCGACGCAGGUCGGCACCCUCCCGCUGCUCCUUGGGUGCGCUGUGGUGGCCCACCGUUUUGACGUGCAGCGGUGGGGCGAGCGGACCUCUCAUGGCAAGCUGCGCAGCGUGGGCGAGCGGGCGUUUGUCGCCGUCUUCCCCGCGUUCCUCCUCCUCGACUGGCAGAUCUGCGACGUCCGCGUCCUGCUGGCGGCUCACCACGUCGUCUGCCUCGCCGGGCACGCCUGCGCCGUGCUCCUGUCGGCGGGCUUCCCCUGA